GCCGCCGGCCCGCGCGGAGCGCGGUUGUGGUAGAAUCAUGAGUGAUGAGGAUGGUUACAACGACAUUGACAGUGGGGACGAUGGGGAUGACGACCUGGACCUGGAGAGUGGCUAUGGAGACGGUUCUUCGGGCUCCAAAAACCAGCUUCAGUUUGGCUCUCAGGCGGAGAAGCGAGCACACCACAACGCCUUGGAGAGGAAGCGACGGGACCAUAUAAAAGACAGCUUCUGCGGUCUAAGGGACACGGUGCCUUCUCUGCAGGGAGAAAAGUCGAGUCGGGCUCAGAUACUUAAGAAGGCUUCCGACUACAUUCAGUUUAUGCGCCGCAAGAAUUCUGCUCAUCUUCAGGACAUUGACGACCUGAGGCAGCAGAACAGCCAGCUCGAGGAGCAAAUCCGGGCGCUGGACCGUGCCCGCGAGGAGGGCACCCUCCCGGCCAGUCUGCAGCGUCCCUCCUACAUGACCGGCGCGUACGAGGCGGCCGACUCCGACUCCGAGGAGGAGGCGGCCGGUCCGGCGGCCGGCGCCGCCCGACCGCCCGCACCGCGCGCCAAACGCAUCCGCCGCUCGUAGCGAGGCGGCGCCGUGUGUGCGUGUGGUUAUGUGUUCUCUGCGCGCGUUCAGCUGUGAUGGCGGCCGCCGCCCUCUUCCGCUACGGAAUUCCACUCGCAAUACCCAUCGAGACGGCAAGACCAAUCCACUGUGAGACUCCCGGCGUGUGUAGUCAGGUUUGGUUUUAGUACAAAAAGACUCUGGAAUUUCAGACCAGUGUGCUCGCGCGCACGGAAUAGCCCGUCACGUGUUCCAGUCGCAGCCGCGUCAAGCUGAACGGUUGCGAGAGAGAAGUCCUGCGUGUCUCGCGCGCGUGCGCAUACCCUUUUACCGCUUGUUAGCACCCCUAGCCGCUUGCUCUCUGUCACGCACGCGCGCGCGCUCGGUGCACGUGCUGUCCUGUGUUGUACUGGUGGUCGUCCCGCGGUGUGGAGGUCGUCCGGACGAUGGCGGGACGAGAGAACGGAUCUCCCGUCCCCCAUCGCCCUCUCAAUAGACGGACGAGGGAAACGAAA